AGAAGACACCUCAACAAACCCUAACAGCAGCAUAUCUAACUCAGUCGCCGAUAACACGACAGGCCAUCUUGAGGAACCACGGCAACAAAAUGCAGAUUUUCGUGAAAACCCUAACCGGAAAGACCAUCACUCUAGAGGUCGAAUCGAGCGACACUAUAGACAAUGUGAAGGCCAAGAUUCAAGACAAAGAAGGCAUUCCACCGGACCAGCAGCGUUUGAUCUUUGCCGGCAAGCAACUUGAGGAUGGCCGUACCCUCGCUGAUUACAAUAUCCAAAAGGAAUCUACUCUGCACCUUGUUCUGAGACUGCGUGGUGGGAUUAUUGAACCAUCUCUUGUGGCGUUGGCCAGGAAAUUUAACCAGGAGAAGACAAUUUGCCGCAAAUGUUAUGCCCGCUUGCACCCUCGCGCUGUCAACUGCAGGAAGAAAAAGUGUGGCCAUAGCAACCAGCUAAGGCCAAAGAAGAAGAUCAAGUAAAACAUCCCUAGUUGGAUGGAACAGUUGUGCCUGUUAGACUUUACUUGAGAUAUCGUGUUCUUAUUGCUGCAUGUUGGAUUCUAGAUAUAUUUUUGUUGCAAGUGUAUUAUGAAUGAAUUCAUGAUCUUCAUUUGCUUAUAAGAACACAACAAUUCUUAUUUUGUUAUUUGCCCAGCCUAAUCAAAUUUGCUCUGCAAGUGUAGACUGAGUACGUUUUUAAUCAAAUUCAAAUUUUCUCGUUUGAUCUGCUUGUUUAA